AUGAAAGAAGAGAUACUAUUGCUGCAUAAACCUUACUAUCCAAAGUUCCAUGUUCAAGUGCUUUUCAAGUCCAGGUUGCUCAUCAAUUGUCCGCUCACCGUCAUGACAGUUCCCACCACACAAUCUGCCUUUGAUAGAACCUGCCAAACCUUCCUUUCGCACUCAAAAAAGAUUGGCGAUACUUGGCGCUGGGUAACGCCUGGCGCGUAUUUGGCCAAGACUGUUUGGGUGGUGGAUAACAGCAAUGAGGAGACUGCGAGCAAAGAUGAAGAGUCAGCCUUGCAUGAACCCUCCGACCCGGCAAUACUCUCACCAGCAAAGCCAGGCAUUACGCUGGAAUUCCACGUCAUCUAUUCAACCACAUACGCAUGCCCUGUUCUCUAUUUCUGUGGCCACACCUCUGCCGGAACAGGGCUCUCUCUGGAGGAUAUCCGACAGACUGUGAAGGGGCAUAUGCCAGAUUUAGAUGAACAAAAGAGGACGGAGUAUGACAUGCCUGUUGUUUCACAAAAGGAUCACCCAAUAUUAGGGAUUCCCUUCUACUUCAUUCAUCCAUGUCAUACAGCAGACGUGACAGCAGAAAUGCUCGAGGCAUGUGAUUCAGAUGCCAAUUACUUCGUUUUCUGGCUAAGUCUGGUUGGACAGUUGUUUUCUCCCUUGAGGUUGGUUGAGGUCGGGUAUGUUACCUCUGAGACUUGCUGUAGGUAGGCCACACAACACAGAUAAAGUACCAUUGCAUAUACUUUCCAUAAAUGCUGCACGGGACAACAACACCAUGCUAAAAACUCAAUAAAUUAAUCAUAAAGGCCAGAAUUAUGUACAAAACGCGUAUCCACAUGCAAUAACGAAAUCCACCAUAUCAAUCACAUAAGAUUCCAUCGUUUCAAAACCGCAAUAAUGACAUCCUUGGUAAACGGUUUUCCAACUGCUUCGUCAGCACCGACUUCUCGCAGCUGUUCUUCGGCCUCUGCGUUGCCCACCACCUGAUUGGCCGUUGUGAUAACCACUGGAGUUC